AUGGAGUUGGCAAAGAAAAUCAAUGAAAUGAUGGAGGAGAAUAAGAAGGCCGUAGAUCGAAUUGUACAGCUGAAAGGAAAACUGAAACAACGUGAGGAAUAUCAGGAGAACAUCGAGAACCUGGUGGCUUUUUUGCUUCCUGUGUCUCCUGCUGGUGGAGUCAGGCCUGUAAGGAUCCUCAGAGGAGGAUCUCACUCACUGUGGUACUUCCUCACACUGACAUCAGGACCAACAUCACUUCCAGAGCUGGUCGGUGUAGAGAUGGUGGAUGAUUUUCCAGUGGGUUACUAUGACAGUCUCCUUACAUACCAAAGACUAUCUGGAUGUGAGCUGGAUGCAGAUGGCAAAGAGAGAUUCAAGAGCAUAGAUGCUUACAAUGGAGAAGAUGUAUUUGUUACAGAUUCCAAGGGUUGGUACAGCCUCAUUCCAGAAAUAACCAAUGUCAACCUAAUGGAAUCCACAAAUGCUUUUAUUGCCCAAACUUUUUACCAACCUUGGUGCAUAUCACUAUUGAAAAGCCAUCUACAACAACUGAAAAGCUUACUGAAUCGAAAAGUGCAUCCUAGAGUCAGAGUGAUCCAUAAACAGGACAGAGACACUGGGGGGAUGGAGGUGACCUGCCUGGCGACCGGCUUCUACCCCCGACAGAUCAAUAUGACCCUGCAGAAGAAUGGCCAGCCUGUCCCAGACCAGGAGCUGACCAGGGGGGAACCCCUGCCCAACGGAGACGGGAUGUACCAGCUGAGGAGGAGCCUGAGUGUCAGUGCUGAGGAGCUGAGAGAGAGACACCUCUACACCUGUACUGUCACACACAGCGGUGUGGACAACAAACUGGAUGUCAGCUGGGAGUUUCAGCCAGGUCACAGCAAUCUGGCUUUGUACGGAAUAUCAUUUGGAGUUCUGACUGUACUUGCAUUCACCAUAUUUGGCCUCUGCAUCUGGAGAAAAAGAGAUGCUGGGCUCAAGAAGUCCCACCAGUCCCACCAUGAUGAGUCUUCAGGUGCUUCAGAGCCACUUCAGACAGAGUCAGGAACAUGUGAAGGCACAUAG